CAGCCAGUAGUUACAAACGCAACAGGAAUCCCACCGGUGAGUGUGUGGGAACCCCAGCCUGGCCUGAGCCACAUGGCUUUGUUAUGCUAAUCUCCCAGUAUAAAAUGAGGAGCGGCUCCUCCAGAGACACCACAGCUCACACUGCCAUCUGAACAAACCUGAACUGAACCUCGCCUUUGCAGACAUGGCACCCUGCUCCACCAACUACUCCUCUAUUCACCACAUCAGGAUAUCUGAGAAAGACAACAUCAAACUGAGAAAACCUAUUGUGGAGAAAAUGCGCAGAGAUCGCAUCAACAGCUGCAUAGAGCAGCUCAAGAUUAUCCUGGAGAAAGAGUUCCACAAGCAGGAGCCCAACUCCAAACUGGAGAAAGCUGACAUCCUGGAGAUGACUGUGAACUUCCUGAGACAGCAGCUACAACCAGGCCUGUGUCAGACAAACUACAGCCAAGGCUACUCUCACUGCUACUCUGCCGGCUCCAACACAGAGGGCUCCAUCACAGAGGGCUCUGUCACUCCUCUGCGGGGCUUCCAGCAGCAGAAACAGCAGCUCCAUCAGGACAAGAGAGCCAGCAGCUCCUUACCAAUCUGCUCCACCCUCAGGCCCACCACGCUGCCAGACAGCAGCAGCAGCCCAGGCCCCGUGUGGAGGCCUUGGUAGAGACUCUGUCAC